AUGAAUAACUUUGAGAAUUCUUCUAAUCAAAGAGCCGUUUUUUUCAUUGAUACUAGUAAUCCGGAAGUAAACCAAACCAUCUCUGCUAGUAGCAGCCAUCCAUUCAUCAAACCACCCUUCCCACCUGUGAUCGAUGCUCGUAAAUUGGUAAUUAAACAAGCCAAUGGUAAAUUUCCUACAAGAUCUCCUAACGCUUUCAUCAUUUAUCGUAAAGCUUUUCUGGGUACAGUACAAGCUGAUGGCUACAAAUUACCAAUGACCGUUAUUUCAACAAUGGUUUCCAAAUCUUGGGAAAAUGAGCCUCAAUAUGUUAAAGAUGAAUAUAAAAAACUUGCAAAUGAAGCAUUCGAUUAUCUCAAUGAGAUGAAUCCAAAACCAACCAAACCUAAUAAAAGAAAAGGUUGGAAUUUCGUUUCUUUUGAGCAAAAAAAUAAAUCUCCCAAACCUAAAAACGAUGUUUUAAAUCAAUAUUUAAAUUCUUUCGGUCAAGAAGAUAUGUUAUUAUCUACUACCACAACAAGUGAUUAUCAAUCUUCUUCUAGUAGCAGUAGUUCACCUGAUAUUGAUAAUCUAUAUGAGCAACAAAAUUUUGUAAAUUUAAUCAAUUCUUUCGUUCAACCACCAUCAUCUUCACUUUCAUCUUCAGAAUUGGAAAUUUUUUCGGACUUUAAUAAUAAUAUCGAUAAUAUAGAUGAGUUUCAACAAUUUAUAAAUAUUUAUCAACAACAAAAUGAUUUUACAAAUUCAUCGUUUGAACUUGGAAUUUCAUCAUGA